GUCAGGAAAGAGAACGGGGGAAAAGAAGUGCUAGUUGCUAAAAUAAAAAAAAAACAUGUAUUUUGGGUGAAACUCGCUCCGUUUGAAGGUCUGACUGAUCGGAUUCAGCCAUGAGAAGAGUCACACUGUUUGUCAACGGAACCUCCACCAACGGAAAGGUGGUGGCCGUGUACGGCUCCCUGGAGGAUUUACUGACCGUGGCCAGCUCAAAACUGGGGAUAAGAGCCUCUAGUGUUUACAACGGGAACGGCGGCCUGAUCGACGACAUCACAUUGAUCCGAGACGACGAUGUGCUGUACAUAUCAGAGGAAGAUUCAUCCGAAGAUCCUCAGGAUGACCUCAGAGAUCCUGAAAACGGGCAGACUCACACUGAUUGGCUGACGCUCAACGUCGGCGGACGCUGCUUCACCACCACGAGGAGCACUCUGGUCAGUAAAGAGCCUGAGAGCAUGCUGGCCCACAUGUUCAGAGAGAAAGACGUGUGGGGGAACAAGCAAGACUCUCAGGGGGCCUACCUGAUCGAUCGCAGUCCAGACUACUUUGAACCCAUCCUGAACUACCUGAGACACGGACAGCUCAUCAUCAAUGAAGGGAUCAACCCUCUGGGUGUGCUGGAGGAGGCUCGUUUCUUUGGUAUUGAGCAGCUCGCCGAGCAGCUGGAGACUCUCAUCAAGGCCUCCCAGCCGCCUGAAGAUCACUCCCCUCUGACCCGCAAGGAGUUCAUCAGAUUCCUGUUGGCCACCACCACCAAGUCAGAGCUGCGCUGUCAGGGUCUGAACUUUAACGGUGCAGAUCUGUCUCGUCUGGAUCUGCGCUACAUCAACUUUAAGAUGGCCAACCUGAGAGGAACCAACCUGACCCACGCCAACCUGAGCGGGGCCAACCUGGAGCGAGCGGACCUGUCCAUGGCCUGUCUGGAUGGAGCCAAUCUGCAGGGAGUGAAGAUGCUGUGCACCAACGCUGAGGGAGCUUCACUGAGAAGCUGUAACUUUGAGGAUCCAGCUGGGAUCAAAGCCAAUCUGGAGGGGGCAAACCUGAAGGGUGUGGACAUGGAGGGGAGUCAGAUGACGGGGAUCAACCUGAGGGUCGCCACGCUGAAGAACGCCAAACUGAAGAACUGCAACCUGAGAGGAGCCACGCUGGCCGGGACGGACCUGGAGAACUGUGACCUGUCAGGAUGUGAUCUUCAGGAGGCGAACCUGAGAGGCUCCAAUGUGAAGGGAGCCAUCUUUGAAGAGAUGCUGACUCCUCUGCACAUGUCUCAGAGUGUGCGGUAAAACACCACAGUCUUCCACACAGUGCUUUACAUCACAGACACUGAGGAGAGAGAGUAGUCUCAAUACUGACCGACUCAAGUUUCAUGGUCCAAACAGGACGGCUGUAAAUUUAAAUGAUGAUGCUCAGAAAUAUUCAGCCAGGGCUGCAAUUAACAGUUAUUUCCAUUAUCAAUUCAUGUUGUUGUUUUCUCUGUUUGUUAAUUAGAUUAAAAUAGUGACACAGUGAAAAACCCAAAGAGAUUCAGUUCAGAUAAAAGCAAUUCAUCAUAUUUGAGACUCAAGUUACAGAAAAUAUUUUUCACUUUUCCUUGAUAAAUGACGAAAGUUAUAAAUAAAGAUUAAGAAAACAGCUGAUUGCCAUUAAAGAGACUUUAAUGGAUUUAUUGAUCGAUGUGGCGUUACUUAGGCCCAGCAGAGGGCCAACUUAGGCCCGGGGUGCCACCGGGGGCUGGAAUACAUGUGCAGACACCUUGAGUGAGUUGAAUUAGGGUUGUAUUUCUCUUUGUGGAUCACGAAACACA